GCAUGAUGUGUGAAGUGAAACGCACUCUAGGUUUAUUCGUGUUGCUUAAAAUAAAAAAAUUUUGCACUUAAAAAGAAAAAUAUAUAUUUGGACAUUGAAGAGAAAGAAAGCGUAAAUAUUGAACGUAAAAAGUGCAAGUAAAUAUGAACAGAUUUAUAGCAUUUGUGACUUUCGAGUAUAAUGAAUUUGAAGUUAACCUUCAAAAAGUACCACGUGACCUCGUCCAAUCAUAAAGUAGAAUAUAUGAGAUUAUUCUGUAUUAUGACGGUUAGAUUAGGGUAGGUUAAAUUCUUGCACUCGAAAAUAGUUGAAAACACUGCUAGAAGAGUCAAUUGUCAAUGAAAUGACUAUGGCGGAGUGGUACCAAGCGAAAAUCCUGCAUCUAUGCGAAUUAAACAAUAUCGAGGACAAAAAGGAUGUUCUCACGGAUAUCAAAAUCAAAUUCAGCGCUUUGAACAAUCGGGAUGCUGAGCAGAUCGCUCGUAGUUUGGACUACAGGCCAAUUUAUUCGCAACUAACCUCGAAUGACAGAGAAGUUAUAGAGCAGAUAUGCGAUAUUCUGACCAUCUUGUUUAGCAUGCUGGAACCUGGGGAAAUUUAUCAGAGAUAUUUAAUCGAAGUAUCUGCUUUAAUAACUAAUCCAAAUGCUAGUGUGAGAUUACUUGUGCUACGUGAGUUUUCGCGUACAGCUUUGCAUCCACAAAAGAUAUUUCAGUUACUCUCAGACACCACUCUUUUGAUUUCAAUUAUAAACAGAAUCAGCGAUAACGACUUGAAUGUCGCUGAAUGUGCGAUGAGCAUAGUGAAAAAAAUUGGAGAAAAUCCAAAUGGUUUACAUAUUUUAUAUAAGGGCGAGCUCCUGAGAACAUUUGCCAGGCUGCUGCAGAAUGAUACCAUUAGCUUUCGUGUUUAUGAAGUGAUUGUGGACAUAGCCAAGACAUCUCAAGAGGCUUUGGAAGUAUCAGCCCAGUCAGGUUUUCUGAACAGUUUAAUCAAUAUACUAGAAAACGAAGAUAUACUGCUUCAAUUGAAUGCCUUGGAAAUAUUAACUCAAUUAGCUGUAUUCGAGGAAGGUCUGAGUUAUCUGGAGCAACAAGAGGUGUUGAGCAAGUUAGUCCAAAAAAUAUCACAAGUCAAUGAGAAUCCUUUGUCAAAUCUUUUGAUUCCCGGAUUAAUGAAGUUUUUCGGUAACGUUGCUCGUCACUGGCCUAACGAGUUAUUUGUCAGAUAUCCCGUGAUAAUCUCUGCGCUUUUCGAUGUGAUAGACAGUGGAGAUCAGAAUAUCUUGGGCCCCGCAUUAGAUACUCUAGGAUAUGUGUCUGCGAGCAUUGAAGGAAAGUAUGCGUUGCAAGCUCUAGGAGAAGCGAUGCCGAGUGCUCUUAAGAAAAUUGCUGAGAUGGUACAGAGAAUGCCGACUGCUUUGAGAAUUCGCGGUUUGAACAAUCUUGCCCUUAUACUUGAGGUCAAGAGAGUUGAGCAGGACAACAGAAUUUUAUCCUUAACGAAGCUGUGGUUUGAUUCGCUGUGCGACGAUCCAUUGGGAAUGAUUGUGGCGAUAUGCAGACAACCAUUUGCUGAUAUCAGACAGGCUGGAUUGGAGGUGCUAGCGGUUAUUAGUUCUCAAGUAUGGGGACAGGAAUACAUAUCCACGUAUCCUGGUUUGGUAGAAUUCCUAUUAGAUAGAAAUAUUGAAUCGUUUAAAGAAUGUAAGGAUGCAAAAUAUGAAGUUGUGAAAUGUUUAUCUCAAGCGGAGCGAAAUAUAUUCGAUGCGGAUACUAUGCAGAAAUUCAAGCGAUUUGUUAACGAAGGUGCAUAUUUUGUUGAUGUUAAUACAGAAGUUGCGAUAGAGGGUGCUUUGUAAGGGAUAAUAAUUUUUCAUAUUAAUAUGUAAUGUUAGUAUUAAAGAUUAUGUUAUGCAUAGGAUGAUAAUGUAAGCAAGUAAGAAACAUAAAUAUUUAUUUUUUAUUUUAUUAUUUCAUAAAAAAGAUAUUGUUUAAUAAAGAUUGUACUUUUUUUAUAUAUUCAAUUGCAUUUAGUUCAAAUAAG